AUGCUCAAGCGCUACGUCGAGAUUCGAGACGCUAUUAAGAUGGUGCAAGCUGUUGAAGAUUUAGUGCCACGUCCGAGCUCUCACCGCCGCAUUGUUCAGCUUCUGAGCAAGCUGGGUGACCUUGACAUCGUAUGCGUAAAGUUACAGAGCGAAGAGCUAACGCUUGCUGACGUCCGGCUCCUUUUCGACGCCGUGGUGGUGAAGUACCCGGUAACGGCAAGUUACCUCAAGGCUGAUGCCAGUAUUGUGCACUCUCCUGUUUUUGAGCGGGCCGUGGUGAAAGUUCAGGGUGAUCGCAGGCUUCAAGUGGACGAAGAAGCUGCUGUGGAGCCCUUUCUGGUCGUCCAACCUUCUUCAGCCCGGCCGAUCAAGCAGGUGGACUUCGCUACAGCCACACUCCGACAAGCCAAGAAGCCUCGUCACGCGUCAGCACAGAAGUACGACGAGUUGUUGAGCCAACUACCGCCGACUAGCAACCGAUGUGAGCGCCUCUUUUCACAGUGCAAGCUGAUUCUCACCCCACGGCGGUCAAGUUUGCUGCCAGCGAACUUUGAGAUGCUCGUGUUUCUGCGAGCGAAUCGCGACCUUUGGAGCUUCACCUCGCUUGUUGGUAUUGAUGAUGCUAAGAAAGUAGUUUGCGCACGAGAAACUUGA